CGAAUGUCAAAUCUGUUAAAUAUCGUCAAGUGGGAGGAUUUGAAGAUCGUCCAUUGAUAUUUGAUUUAAAACCAGAAAAUUAUUCAUCAAUCCCCACCACGGAGACCAGCUUUCACCAUGGCCACAGCAAUGAUCGCGCGAGUCUCCUUUUACCCUACGCUGCUUUAUAAUGUGGUGAUGGAGAAGAUCACCAGCCGUCGCUGGUACGAUCGGAUGGAUGAUACAGUCGUUCUAGGAGCACUUCCGUUCCAAAGUAUGACCAAACAGUUGAAAGAUGAGGAGAACUUGAAAGGGGUUGUAUCAAUGAAUGAGACAUACGAAUUGAAGAUCUUCUCCAAUGAUGCUGAAAAAUGGCGCGAUCAAGGCAUUGAGUUUUUACAGCUGGCGACCACAGACAUCUUCGAGUCUCCGGACCAGGACAAACUUUAUGAAGGUGUCAAAUUCAUCAAUAGGUUCCUGCCGGUGGGCGGCAAGAUAGCGGGAGUGCCGACGGACGGCGUGCAGGUGAACAGCGGGACCGUGUACGUGCACUGCAAGGCGGGGCGCACGCGCAGCGCCACGCUCGUCGGCUGCUACCUCAUGCUGAGAAACGGCUGGUCCCCCAACGAAGCAGUAGAGUACAUGCGCAGCAGACGUCCGCACAUACUGCUCCACACAAAGCAAUGGGAAGCGCUCGAUAUAUUCCACAGGAGACACGUACUGUCGUCCUAGUAAUAAUUUAGAUAUAUGCAUGUAGAUGUUGUAAGAUUCAGGGUAUAUGAAUGAUUCGUAAGUACAAUUUAUAAUUUUUAUGUGAACCAAAUAUUUUCCGCGGCAAAAGGUACUCUCUCUAUACACACAUAUACACCACACAUACAACUUUUUUAUUUGUUCCGUUUGGACGUGAAAGAAGAACAAACAAUCACACUUUCACAUUUAUAAUAACUAGUUGUUCGCCGCGAACAUAUUAAAUUGUUGAUGAGUUUUUACGAAAUUGUGAAUAUUUCAAAAACAACGUAACAGAUUAUGUUGCCUCACGAGAUUAUGUUGCCUCAUGAACUUAAAAAUUCUAUUGACAGAUCCUACAUAGCUUUUAAAUUUCAUCAAAAUCAGACCAACGAACGGUUCGAAAUUUAUCGCGUUACAAACGUACAUACAAAAGAUGUAUUUUUGUACCAAGUUGAUUUGUAGAACUCGCACGCUUCGCUCGCUCUGUGAAUUAUAAGUUUGGAAGAAUUAAUUAAUAGAUAUAAAUUAUUUGCUAGAUAGUAUCAUGAAUGUAAGUAAAGAACUUUUCUAUUUGAACUGUUAUAGUAUAUUUGUAUAUCAAUUAUAAUUAUUAAAAUUACAAGGUACAACAGCGGACUGAUCUCAAUAGUCUGUUGAACAAAAUAUAAUAACUAUUUUCGCGGUUAUGAUUUAUUAUGAUUGAUUUUAUAGCACAAGUUCUUGUAAGAGUUACGAAACUAACUAUACCCACAGAAAUUUAAUUUUAAGUACCAGAGA